AUGAACGACCUCUUGAAGGGUUCGCAAGAGUUCACCAGAGACCGAUCUAAUAGAAGCGACAUUGAGUCAGGACAUGGCCCUGGUAACUCUGGAGAUCUCGGGCUUUCCGGUUUCUUCAAAAAGGUCCAAGAAAUCGAAAAGCAAUAUGAGAAGCUUGAAAAUCACCUGAAGAAGCUUCAGGGGGCACAUGAGGAGACUAAAGCCGUCACUAAGGCUCCUGCAAUGAAAUCGAUCAAACAGAGAAUGGAGAGAGAUGUUGAUGAAGUAGGAAGAAUCUCUCGUUUCAUCAAAGGAAAGAUCGAAGAGCUGGAUAGAGAGAAUAUGGAGAACCGAACUAAACCGGGUUGUGGGAAAGGAACUGGAGUAGACAGGACAAGAACAGCCACAACUAUAUUGAUUGAAACCGGAGACAGUGAGCAGAUUUUCCAGAAAGCAAUCAUGGAGCAAGGACGAGGUCAGAUAAUGGAUACACUGGCUGAGAUUCAGGAACGCCAUGACGCUGUGAGAGAUUUAGAGAAGAAACUUCUUGACCUUCAACAGGUGUUUCUUGAUAUGGCCGUGCUGGUGGAUGCACAGGGAGAGAUGUUAGACAACAUAGAGAAUAUGGUUUCAAGCGCUGUGGAUCAUGUUCAAUCCGGGAACAACAACCUAACAAAGGCAAUAAAAAAGCAAAAAAGCUCAAGGAAGUGGAUGUGCAUUGCCAUUCUCAUCCUUCUUGUCAUCAUCAUCAUUACACUUACCUCUGUUCUUAAACCAUGGAAACAGAAAAACGGUGCCUAG